AUGGUUUCCUACACUGAAAUCAAAGCCUCCAACUCUCUCAUCAACGAUGUCACAGCCCCAAGCGUUGCCGUCUUUGUCGGCGGCACGUCAGGCAUCGGCAAGCUCACAGUGAAAGCCCUCGUCGCAACCGGUUCCAGCGUCAGAAUCUACCUGAUUGGACGCAAGAGCUCUGAAGAGCGGUCGCGCGCUUUCAUCGAGGAACUACGCGUCGUCAACCCCAAGGCUGAAGUCAUUUGGACUGAGGGCGAUGUCUCGCUGCUUGCGGAAACAAAGAGGUUGUGCGACGUUAUCAAGAGCAAAGAGUCACGCAUUGACUUGUUGUUCCUUACCCCGGGCUAUGCACCAUUUGGCACUCGCGAGGAGACCUCCGAGGGCCUGGAAAUCGUCCAGAGUUUGGCAUACUACUCGCGAAUGCUCUUCAUCCUCCAUUUUCUUCCUCUCCUCCGCGAAGCCGAAGCCCCAAGAGUGGUCGGCGUCCUGGGAGGCGGGCUAGAAACAACCUCCCUGGAACUCGAUGACAUUGACCUCAAGAAGCCUGAGAAUUUUGGCCCCAGAAAGGUCCAGCUUCAGGUCCUCACGAUGAACACAACGACUCUGGACAAACUAGCUGCCGAAAACCCCAAUGUGACCUUCAUCCACUCUUGGCCUGGAUGGGUCAACACGGGAAACGUGAACAGGGGCGUUGAUCAGGGCACUUUCAUGUCCUGGUUCGUCUGGCUUAUCCUCGAGCCUCUCAUCUCUCUAUUCUCAUUCAGCGACGAAGAGUCUGCACAGAGGCAUUUGUUCCAGAGUACCAGUGCUGCCUUUGGGGGUCGUGGAGUGCCGUGGAAUGGUAAGCAGGGUGUGAAUUCGCAGGAGAAGCAGGAGAAUGGGUUGUUUAUCGUCAACUACAAGUGCGACUGCACUCCCAAUGCAAAGGUUGUGUCUGCACUCCGGGAGAAGGCACAGAAAAGGGUUUGGGACCACACGCAGGAAGUUCUUGGGCCAUACCUGUAA